AUGGCAUCAACUCGACGCGUUGCCGUGAUCCAAUGGCAUAUCAAGGAUGUGGAGGCAGAACAAAAUCAUGCCACUGCAUGCAACUAUAUCCGGCAGUCUGCAGCUGAAGGCGCAGAGCUAGCCGUUCUGCCUGAAUACCAUCUCAGUGGAAUGGUUCCCAAUGAUCCCCGCUGGGCAAUCCAAGCAGCUGAUUCUGCCAAAUUUGCAUCGUACCCGGAACGAUCAUUGAGAAGCAGGAGGGACCGAAUGGAACCCCCCAUCUUCUACAACACAGCUUAUUUUAUAUCUAACGAUGGUUCGAUCCUUGGAUCAUAUAUCAAGAAGAACAUCUGGCACCCUGAGCGCCCGCACCUCACCUCUUCCGGCUUGGACCGCCAUGUUGCCAUCGACACACCGAUCGGUCGCGUGGGCAUGCUGAUCUGCUGGGAUUUGGCGUUCCCCGAGGCAUUCCGCGAGUUGAUUGCCGAUGGGGCUGACAUCGUGAUCAUCCCCACAUACUGGACCCCACACGACGCCUCUGCGGAUUGUAUCAAGUACAAUCCAAACACAGAAGGACUUUUCCUCGAAACAACACUCACAGCCCGCGCUUUCGAGAACACUUGCGGUAUCAUCUUCUGCAAUGCUGCCGGGCCAUCCGAGGAUUUCCUCGGCUUGUCGCAAAUCACCCUUCCUUUGGUGGGGCCUGUUGCGAAAAUGGGAUCCGAGGAGGGAAUCUGCGUCGCCGAUAUGGACCUUAAGGUGCUAGAGGUUGCAGAGAAGAAUUAUAAGGUGAGACAGGAUAUCAAGAAGGACGAUUGGCAUUAUGUCUAUCGGCAUAGUUCGAAGUAG